CGGUUCAGGUAAAAGUUGAAGAACUUUUUUCUUGUAUUUCAAAAACAACAGACGGCUCUGAACCGUUAGUAUUCUCAUUUCAAAACGAAAGCUUCGUUUUUAUUCCGGCAAAUGAAGGAAGCCAAGGUCGAGCAGUUCUCCGAUCCGCCGCCGGUCAUGGAAUCGGACUCAUCCCCCAGCCCCGAACCGGACUUCACCUUCGCCUUCAACGACCGCAAUUUCUCCGAUCGGGUUCUCAGGAUCGAAAUCCUCCCCGACAUUUUGGAUUACAAAUCGGACGGUGAGGCGUACGCCAGCAUCUCUGAAUGGGCGCGUAAUAGAAAGAGACGCAGGGCGGAGAGCAAGAGAGAGAGUGCUGAGGACAUUAUUGUGCGAUGUGAGGAGCAGGUCUUAAACUGUAACAUGCCUGAUACAGAGGAUUUUGCGGCAUGUGAAAAUCAAGACGAGGAUGCUGUGGGAAUGAUUGAGUCGCCUUCAGGUUCUCACUUAAACUCAGAUUCAGUACGCAAUUAUGUCAAUGAUGAAGCUGCAGGUAGCAAUGACUCGUCCUGGAUCUGGGAUUGCUCCACAGUUCUGAGGGUUGAAACCAUACAUAUAAGUUCACCGAUAUUGGCUGCAAAGAGUCCCUUUUUUUAUAAGUUGUUUUCGAAUGGGAUGGAACAGUCAGAGAAACGCCAAGCAACUCUGAGAAUUCAUGAAUCUGAAGAAGCAGCCCUCAUGGACCUUCUUAAUUUCAUGUAUAGUAAUACUUUGUCCACGACAACGGCACCUUUACUGUUGGAUGUGCUAAAGGCUGCUGACAAAUUUGCAGUUGCAUCUUGCAUGAGAUAUUGCAGUAGGUUAUUGGGACAAUUACCUAUGACUCGUGAUUCUGCCUUGCUUUAUUUGGACCUUCCCUCUAGUGUUCUGAUGGUUGAUGCAGUUCAGUCACUCACAGAUACAGCAAAGAAGUUCCUGGCUGACUGCUACAGAGAACUAAGCAAGUUUGUGGAUGAGGUGUUAAACUUGCCCCUUGCUGGUAUCGAGGCUGUACUGUCUAGUGAUGAUCUCCAGGUUGCAUCAGAGGAUGCUAUUUUUGAUUUGGUUCUUAAGUGGGCACGGUUGCAUUACCGGAAUGUCGAAGAUCGACGAGAAGUCAUUGCUUCACGCCUUGCUCGCCUCAUUCGUUUUCCUUACAUGUCCUGUCGAAAGCUUAGGAAGGUUCUAAGCUGCAAUGAUUUUGAUCCUCAACUGGCAUCAAAGAUAGUGCUUGAGGCUUUAUUUUAUAAGUCUGAGACACCACACAGGCAGCGCUUCCUUGCUGUAGAGAAUGCUAACGCCACCUAUCGCGGCUUUGUGGAUCGUUCCUACAAGUACAGGCCAGUGAAGUUAGUGGAAUUUGAACUACCCCGUCCACAGUGUAUUGUGUACCUCGAUCUGAAGCGCGAAGAGUGUGCACGCUUGUUUCCAGCUGGUCGGGUGUACUCACAGGCUUUUCACCUGGGUGGGCAGGGCUUUUUCUUGUCAGCCCAUUGCAACAUGGACCAACAGAACUCCUUUCAGUGCUUGGGGCUGUUUUUAGGGAUGCAAGAGAAAGGAUCAGUUAGUUUUGCAGUUGACUAUGAAUUCUCAGUAAGGGUAAAGCCCAGUGAGGAGUUUCUGAGUAAAUACAAAGGUACUUACACUUUCACUGGAGGGAAGGCUGUUGGGUAUAGGAACUUGCUUGCUACACCCUGGACAACAUUCAUGGCCGAUGACAGCAUCUAUUUCAUCAAUUCUGUCCUUCAUCUCCGGGCUGAGCUCACCAUCAGGCAAUGACUCUUUAGGGACUGGUUAGGAAGAGCGAAAAAUGCCUUGCAUAACAACUUGUAGUUUAGAUGUCUGGCAGGCUUAGGUAACUUCUUGGCAUCACAGACUGGGUAACAGUUGUUUCAAGUGAUCCCUGUCAAGUUCUUGGUACAUAGAUCCUGGUCAGUUUGUACUCGUAACUGUUCAGGCCGAAAGAAAUGAAAACGUAGGGUUAGUGAAUAACACAUUUUCUUAUUUAUU